AUGAUCAUCAAUCGUAUCAACAACUGGAUGACCAACUACCAGGACAAGGCCAUGCAUCACCUCGAGCAGCUCAAUGUCGACCCGGCGCUAUCCAAGAUCAUCCAGCCGUCGAUGGACGAGAUGAACACGGACAUUGGUGACAUUGCAUUUGAAGAGGACGACAACUUCUACCUCAUUGGCUCCAACUACACCUUUGAGGACUUCCAGCGGUUCAUCACGCUACAGGUGUCCAAGUACCAGACGUUCUCUCGCAGUAAGUUCGCGCCCGACCUUGACCUGAUCGAGAUGAACCUCGCAUGUCAGUUCCUUUCGGGCAAGAUCCACGGCGUGCGCCAGAUGACCAAGUUCAUGGUGGACCUGCCCCUGCUCGACGAUGACACAGAGUCUAGUGGCGUCGACAGCAUCUCCAAGUUAAACGAUCAGCCUCUGGUCUCGCAAUCAAUCAAAGACCUCACUAGGAUCAGCAGCCGACUGUCGGACGGAUACAAACAGGCCUUCACUGUGCAGUUGACUCGCGACUUUGAGCGAGAGUGCAGCAGACUCAGACAAGAGGAGUUGGAGUACAUCAGUCGCAUCUUUACCUCACUCAUUGGACGUAUGAUCAAGAGCAAUACUAUUGCCCUUCAGCUACUCAACAGCUCAAUAAUCGAAUCAUGUGCCAUGUUUGGUAUCGACACGUCAGACAUCCCAACAUUGAUGGCCAACCAUCUCAACCAUGCCACACUCGCCAACAUCAGAGGUGUCGCUCAGAUCAUCGUGGACACCUAUCUCAAGUUUGGUUACCUUUACUCGGACAUCAUUGACGAACCACCUGGCGCGCCCAACAUUGAGGUGACCAAUCACUUUGAGACAUUGAAGCAAUCAUUGAUCAGAGAGGCCACAGAGAGCAAGGACAGCACGGCGAACUGGAUUGAGUAUGUGCAGGCCAUCAUUCAAUUGCUCUCAUCACUUGAGAGCAAGGUCGCACUAAGGGUCGCACAGUUUGACACACCAUUGCUCCAGCACAUCCAACUGCAUCUGAAGGGCAUCCCAGCCAGUCUUGCGCUUGCCAACGCGACAUCACUGGGCUUGAUCAUCUCGUUUGCCACACUGGACACAUUCUCCAAUGAUGGAUACCUGCCAAUAUCCUACUUCCCAUUGUUCAUGCGCACGAUGCACGAGAUACUCUCCCAGCUCACGAUCAUCAGUGAGCAAGGCAACCGUGAUGCACCACCAUACCAAGAGCUGUAUAUCUACACCCCACCCAACCAGACACCGAGCAAGGUUGAGGCAGCGGAGCCCGACAUUGUAGAGGAUGCCAUCUUUGACCCAUCAAUGCUCGCGCCUAUUGAACAGCCGAGGUCCCAUCUAUUGGACGACGCCCCAGACCCCUCCCAUGUCCCAGACAUUGAUCAAUCGUCGUCUCAGCUCAUCAGGAUCCGACCAGUGGCCUACAGUCCCAUUCAUUGUUUGCUCGAAUGGUUGCGACACGUGCCUGAGAUUAGGCAUCUGUCCAUCGAUGCCGCUCAGCAUCUCGGUCCACUCUCACGCACAUUUGCCCAAUUCUGGGGUCUCUGCUUUAGGGAGGCGAACCAGGAGUUGGUCGUCAGCACCCUCUACAAUGAGUUGAUGAACUUCUCAAAGGCGGUGAAGAGUGGACACAAUGCAUUCAUCCGACAUUUUUUCAAGAGUAUUGGACAUUUGUUCACGGAAUUUGGCGAACUCUUCGAUAUGUAUGCCGUGUGCAAGUGCACAUGUGGCACAUCUCCCAAACGCAAGAAGAAGAGUUCAUUCUUUGUCAUUUCCAAACAUGACAACAAACCUGCCACUGCUACCUUGCCAGAUCGAUCCAAAAAGAGACCAAUAUGUAAUUGUCCUGACAUUAACAUUGACGUGAAGGAGCAACCACCCUAUCUCUUCAUCUUCCCUGGUGAAGAGAGAGGGGUCGUCUCUUCAAUCGAGCUUGGAAUCGAUAAAUACACUCUGCACUCAGUACUCUUCGAAGAUCAUGACACAAACAAUGAAUUGGAGAGAUACAAUAUAAUCAUUCGGGAUACGGAUGGAUCGUUUAACAUUUCCUCUUCCGAAGAAAUGUCCAAGCCCCAGAAUCAUCCCAUCCUCUUGAUAUACUCAUUGGAUCAACGCGUUUCAUUAUCGUCGGUCACCACCAAGUCCACGUCCACUAGUGCGACACAGGACCCUCCCUCAUCCUCCAGCUAUACAGUACUCAGCGAUCCAUCAUCAGAUGAUAUCUCAACGACCCUAGGGUCAUCAUCCCUGCAAUUGCCAAUUGGAGACACUCAAUCAUCAGCAACAGCAUUAUCAUCAUUUUCAUCGAAACCGGACAAAUGGACAAAUGAUGAUUUUUUGGAUUGGGUCCUUUCACCAACAUUGGUAUUCAAAGAUGCUGAGCUACUACAUGACGUACUAUUUGAGAAUGAUGUCAACACAUUCAAGAUUGCCUAUGCUCUCACGGCGCUUGGUGGAACAUUGGAGAAACUAUUGCUCAAAAAUGGUAUUAGUCAGGAUACAAUAAUCGAGUUCAACAGACGUCUAGACGAUCAGUAUAAACGCGAUUCUAAAAUACCUGAUCAACAAACGAUCGUCAAGGAUGAUUUAGACCUUCGCAAUAAGUUCAUACAGAUUGGAUUCCAUACCAAAUCAAUCGAUGGACUAUUGGCAUCAAUGCGCGAAAUGGAGAUACCCAGAGUCAGUACUCUAAAGGGUUGUCUAUCGGACCCCAAACACGAUGAUGAAGUGAAACUAUCCUCAACAUACAAACAAUUUAUCAAAUACUCUCUAGAAGACAAUCAUAAUAAUAAUAAUAAUAAUAAUAACAACAAUAAUAAAUCAAAUAAUUAA